CUAGCUGCCAUUACAGCCCUCUUCUCUCUUUUCGCCUUUACUCUCUUUCUUUCUUUCCAACAACAGAGCUUUCAUUGUGCAACCUUCUUAUUCACUCUGCCCUUCCUGUCUCUUUUCUUUCCUUCUUUCCUCUUGAGAAAACAAAUAUACUCACUGACGUGUAGAAAAAGUGGCAUAACAAUGUCUGUGGGGUCUCCUACUUAAGUGGGUUUCCUUCAAAUUUGGUGCUUUGAAUCUCCAUGUUCGAGCAUUUUGCUUCUUUGAUGUUCUACUGUGAAGAACGACAAUGGCGCGGAGUUUGACUGCUUUGCUUCUCAUUUUGGUGAUUUUUUCUUCUGGCUAUGCUUCAGUUUCAGCCACACCUCCUGCAAAAAUUGUAAGUGGGGUUGUUUCAAAUGUGGUAUCUGCACUAGUUAAAUGGCUUUGGUCAUUAAAAUCCACCACCAAAACUGCAAUUUCUAGCCGUUCGAUGAUGAAAUUUGAGAGUGGGUAUACUGUGGAAACAGUAUUUGAUGGAAGUAAAAUGGGAAUAGAACCUUACUCGGUUGAAGUAUCUCCAAGUGGGCAGCUUCUCGUUUUGGAUUCUGAGAAUAGUAACAUCUACAAGAUCUCAACACCAUUGUCACGAUAUAGCCGGCCUAAGCUAGUUGCUGGGUCACCUGAAGGAUAUGCUGGGCAUAUAGAUGGCAAACCGAGAGAAGCAAGAUUGAAUCACCCUAAAGGACUGACUGCAGAUGACAGGGGAAAUAUUUACAUUGCUGACACAAUGAACAUGGCUAUCAGGAAGAUAAGCGAUACAGGGGUUACAACAAUUGCUGGUGGAAAAUGGGGCCGAGGAGGUGACCAUGUUGAUGGUCCAAGUGAAGAUGCAAAGUUUUCUGAUGACUUUGAUGUCGUUUAUAUUGGAAGUAGCUGCUCUCUUUUGAUUAUAGACAGAGGAAACCAGGCAAUUCGAGAGAUCCAACUCAAUUAUGAUGACUGCUCAUACCAAUAUGACAGCAGUUUCCAUUUGGGUAUAGCAAUGCUGGUUGCAGCAGCAUUCUUUGGUUACAUGUUGGCUCUACUUCAGCGCAGGGUGCGGGCUAUGUUUUCUUCACAAGAGGUGAGUAAUGCCCCUCAAAUUCAAGAUAGAAUUUUCCAAAAUUGUCCAAAUCCCAGAAGUAGGAUAUAUUGGUCAUAUAAGGAUGCAAGAACUCCCAUGAAGAGAGCCAUGCCAAUGGCACCAUAUCAGAAGCCUCCUAACUCUGUCAGGCCCCCUUUAAUUCCACCCGAGGAUGAAUCUGAGAGAUCAGAAGAGGGUAUUUUCGGUUCAUUUGGGAGGCUUAUCCUCAACACUGGCUCAUCUGUGGCUGAAAUAUUUGGGGGGUUGUUUUCAGGCUUUAGAAGCAAACCUCGUCAUUAUCAGAUUCAGCAUCAAUUUCAUCAACAAAACAAAUAUUCAAAUUCAUGGCCCAUGCAAGAAAGCUUUGUAAUUCCAGAUGAAGAUGAGCCUCCAUCACUAGAAAUGAGAACCCCAACACCAAAGAGAACCUAUCCAUUCAUGACCAAAGAACUGGAAAAGAGUCACCAUGUGAAGCAGAGCCGAGCUUAUUACAACACGUGGGAUGGUGAAUAUCGCCAACAGCAACAGCAGCAGCAGGUGCAGCCACAGCAGCAGCAUCAACAGCAGCACCACCACAGGCAUUAUUCAGCUAGUCCAGAAACUUACUACGAGAAGAGUUGUGAGACGAAUGAGAUAGUCUUUGGAGCAGUUCAAGAGCAGGACGGCCGGCGUGAAGCUGUGGUUAUAAAGGCUGUAGACUAUGGAGAUCCUGUUUAUAAUCACCACAACAUCCGACCCCGGCUCAAUUACAUGGGUUAUUCCCAUGUGUAUUGAUCUUGCUUGCAUCUAUGCACAAAGGACAAAGAACACUCUCUAACGUUGUACCAAAAAUGAGAUGAGAUUAAGUGAACGUAGGAAGUAGGCCUUUAAUGUUUUCUUGUAGUGUAGAGUUUAUGUAAGAAAGUAAUAUACUAGCUUGAUGUGUAUCUUCUUUUAUGUAGCAGAAAUCCCAGUAAAACAGAUUAGUAUUCCGGGUUUCAUAGCUUAUUGAAACUUGGUAGUCCUUUGGUAUCAACUUAGCAAGUUUUGUUCCAAA